AUGGAUGGAGGAAUGCAGCUCCAGACGUACGAGGGUUUUGGUGAUCCCGACGUCCCUCUCCUGCCGUGGGAUGAGAUUUACCAGAAAGUUUUGUUAUCUCCACGCUUCCGACCGUCGCUGCUGGAGAGCUCUCUCGCAACUUCACAGCUCACCUCCCUCCUGUCCGCCUCUUCAUAUCCCAUCCCCGAGCCAUAUUAUCCGCACGGACAGUUUCCACCGGAGGGCUACAGCGCUCCCUUACCCUCGCCCAAUGACUUUCUAUUUCCAGGGUCCUCCGCGGACCGAGAGCGCGUUAUGAAUUUGGACCGACGGACUCCACCGAAUGACACGCAACGGCCGACUCAGAAUGCCCAGAAAACAACGAAACGUCAACUGAACGAGUCAACUGGUGCACCGACCUCUAAGAAGCGUGGUCGCCCGCGUAAAACGUUGGAUACUCGAAUGGGCGAGGACCCGGAAGAAAUCCGCCUGGCACAGCGAGCUUACCGUUCACGUAAGGAAGCCAACAUCACCUCCCUCAAGGGUCGUAUCUCUCAAUUGGAAGCGACAUUGGAGAAAAUGAGCUCGGCAGUCGUUUCCUUCAGCGAUAAUCUGGUCCAAUCGGGGGCUCUCUCCUCGCAUCCCGACAUCGCGAGCCAUUUACGCGAUACAGUGCAAACAUGUUUGGCGUUGGCAAAGGAGGCCAGCAAGGAUGGCGAACCCGAGAGCCCGGAUACAUCAUCGCACGGCGAGGAAACCACGUCAAGUUCAGCGGGACCGGACGGUACGCCAACAGAUCAAUAUACGAGCCCGAGUACUCAUGCCGAACAGACCACUCCCCCCGAGAGUGGACCAUCAAAGCCUAUUUCCCCUCCCCUGUCCGAGCCAUUAGAGCCAUCUGCUAUGGAUAUUCCUCUUUUCAUCGAACAAUUACACCUGGCUUGUGUAUAUCAAGGGUACUUGGUGCUCUCGAAUCCGUCCGUUCCUAUGUCUCGCAUAGAACGACCGUUCCGGUUCCUUUUCACACUAAUGGACCGCCCUCAUCUGACUGCAGCAUUCGAAGCAUUGUUGCACGCUAAAUUGAGCCAGAAACGAUUAGAAGAAUGCUAUGCGGGGGUCCCGUUCUUCAAACUUGGGGGUGCUGGCACCCACUAUGUACGAUCCACCGGCCAACCUCAGGAAGGUGAAAGGCCUUUAUGCCGAUACCAGCAAUGGACCACGAUCCACGAUCCUCUCGCGCGGUUUUCACCCGACAUCAGAAAGGAAAUGGAGGGAGAUUGGUUUGACAUGCAAGACUUGGCGGGUUAUCUGCGCGAGAAAGGAGUGCUUCUGUUCUCCUCUGCCCCUUCAGAAACGGACCGAAAGUCGUCACGGACGGCCAUUAACGUUACCCGUUUCACGCAAACUCUGAUUAGUAGAGGCAUAUGUUUGGGGCGCACACCGGGAUUCCGACGCUCCGAUGUAGACAAUGCUCUGCGCGCCUCGGUAUGGACAUGA